GUGGUGGUGGUCAACAGAGCAGAGUGGAUUGCUGGCGGAUGAGGGCGCUUGAUCGCUGCGCGAAAAACACUGCCCACUUUUUCUGUUUAAGCGACGUAGCGUGUCUCUACCCCUCCAAGUGUUCUAGACGAUAAGCAGCAAAUAAGGCAAAAACCCCACCAGGAAAGCACGCGUCCGAUCCUGCGAUUGAGUGAUAUGUAAAAGUCGUCCCGGUAAGGUCUGAGUCGGACCGAGCAGUCUGCAGUGAAGAAGCAGGACUCGUAACCCGUUAGUGCUUGCGCUGGCCAUCAGAUGAGCAACUUCUGAAAAGUAAAUCUGCGCCGUGCUUGCAGUUUUCAGCUCCACGCUUCGGAAGAACAUCAUGGCUCUCUCGCCCUCCUCUAAUCUCCUGAUUCUUCUCAUCCUUUCCUCCCUGGAUUGGCUGCCCUCUCCAGGAUCUACAUUUCUCACUGACUGGGACCACACGACAUCAUCAGCUCUCAUUGAGCCUCAUUUUACUGAGUGUAUAUCAAGGGACCAGGAGACGUUCCACUGCUGGUGGAGUCCCGGCAGCUUCCAAAACCUCUCCUCCCCUGGAGCACUCCGAGUCUUCUACCUUAAGAAAGAGCCUCCUACCAGCCAGUGGAAGGAGUGUCCUGAGUAUAUCCAUUCAAAUAGGGAAUGUUUCUUUGAUGAAGCUCACACAUCCAUAUGGAUCACUUACUGCAUGCAGCUUCGCACUCAAAACAACAUCACCUAUUUCAAUGAAGAUGACUGUUUCACUGUGGAGAAUAUUGUACGUCCUGACCCGCCAGUGAAUUUAAACUGGACCCUGCUGAAUACAAGUCCUUCCGGGCUAAAUUAUGAUGUCAUGAUUAACUGGGAGCCCCCACCUACUGCUGAUGUUAGGUUGGGAUGGAUGCGUGUGGAGUAUGAGUUGCAGUACAGAGAGAGAAAUACCACAAACUGGGAAGCAUUGGACAUUCAGCGACAGUCUCAUCAGACAAUCUACGGUCUGCGCUUAGGAAAAGAAUAUGAAGUACACAUCCGCUGCAGGAUGCAGGCUUUCAUUAAAUUUGGCGAGUUCAGUGAAUCCAUCUUCAUUCAAGUGACUGAGAUUCCUAGCACAGAGUCUACUGUCCAUCUCACACUGGUUCUUGUAUUUGGGACUGUGGGUAUCCUCAUACUCAUCAUGCUCAUAGUCAUCUCUCAGCAGAACCGAUUAAUGAUAUUCCUGCUGCCGCCUGUUCCUGCACCCAAAAUCAAAGGCAUCGAUUCAGAGCUAUUGAAGAAGGGGAAGCUGGAUGAGCUGAAUUUUAUGCUGAGUGGUAGAGGAAUGGAUGGCCUGCCCAUUUAUGCACCAGAUUUCUACCAAGACGAGCCGUGGGUGGAGCUCAUGGAGGUCGAUGAGACAGAGGAUGUAGAUAAUGGAGAGAAGAAGGAUAACCGGGGCUCAGACACCCAGAAACUCCUGGGUCAGUCCCAACCUGUCAGUCAACACAUCAACAUAAACUGCUCAAAUUCAGUCAGUGGUCCGGAUGCUGAGUCAUCCCAGGCCACCUGUUACAACACAGAUCUCCCUGAAGAAGAAACACAAAUGCUGAUGGCCACGCUUCUACCAGGACAACCUGAUGAAGAGGAAACCUCCCUUGAUACUGGAGAAAGAUCCUCAGCCUCUGAGAAAGGUGAAAGACAGCUCAUCCAAACCCAAACUAGAGGGCCCCAGACCUGGGUCAACACAGACUUCUACGCUCAGGUCAGCAAUGUUAUGCCAACUGGUGGUGUGGUGUUGUCUCCUGGACAGCAACUCAGAAUCCAGGAGAGCAUCUCAGCCGCCGAGAAGGAAACAAAAAAGAAGCGGAAAGAGAGUGAAGACAGCGAGGAGUCUGAGGAACGGAAGCAAAAAGAGCCACAGUUUCAGCUGCUAGUAGUGGAUCCAGAAGGAAGUGCCUACAGUACAGAGAGCAGUAUCCAGCAAAUCAGCACUCCUCCCCCUAGCUCUCCCAUGCCCGGUGAGGGGUACCACAUCAUACAUCCUCAGCCAGUGGAGCCCAGACCUGCAGCCAUAACGGAGCUUAAUCAGUCACCUUACAUUAUUCCUGACUCUCCCCAGUUUUUUGCUCCUGUUGCAGACUACACAGUGGUUCAGGAGUUAGACAGCCAUCACAGUCUGCUCCUUAACCCGCCUUGCCACCAGACCCCCCCUCCCUGCCUGCCACAGCACCCACUCAAGGCACCUAUGCCUGUGGGAUACAUUACCCCAGACCUGCUGGGGAACCUCUCACAAUGAAAUGACAAUGACAUCAGACCUUUACGUGUAAGGCUGAUUCACCAGGAAGUUACCUACAGUCGUCCUACCUGAUUCCCGUUGGAAACCAAGUAACUCCCAGCACACUGGGUGGCUGAGAUGUGCACGGGUGUCUAUUUUCAGAGGAUGCUGAAAGGCAGAUAUAAAAGGCUACAAGAUACUCUCUUAACUUCUUUGCAUCUGCUAAAGCAGUUCUUUUUUGAGGCAGCCAAAUAUUAACAUCACAAACCAAAUGCACAGUUUGCUCUGUUUCGUCAACACCUCAUGCAUCCAUGCAUGAUUACAGUGAGCCAAGCAAACAUAAUAUCAAUGCUUAACUGCCUUGUGUUGCAUUGUAUCUCUGGCUUAUUGUGUCCAGAGCAAUGACACUGUUACAGUCUUAAUUUUACAGAGUGCUUUCAGUGCAUGACCGAUGGUGUGAGUUUUCACACCAAACAAAAGUCAUUGCUGACGGUGAUGCUGUUUAACCCACGAGGUACUUUAUCAGUUUAUCAAUAGACCGUUCCUAUCUUUCUUAACUCAUCAUAUCAUAUUAGCACUUCACUAGAGAUAUAUUUUUAUAAAAAAACAACCAAGUACACUGUUCAAUACCUAUACCUAUACCUAGAUUUAGCUUGCAUUCCUGUCUUCAUUUUAUCUAAAAGGUAGCUGUUCAUAUUUUCAGAAUAAGUAAUGGAAUUGAGGUUGUAUGAUGUCAAGCUAUGUUCCUCUUAACCUCUAGUUCAAUAGAAUGUUUAAUGCUUUAAACAGAUAGAGAAAAACAUCCAGCACGCGUAUACACACACACACACACACACACACACACACACACACACACACACACACACACGCGCGCGCACACACACACACACACACACACAAGAGAUACCAAAGUCAGGGCAACAAACACCAACAGCAAAUUAAAGUUAGUCCAGUCACAGUUAUACCUCUUUCUUUCCGUGGAAAGUGUUUAAAGGAAAUCUGGGAAAUGAAGGAAACCACUAACUUACACAUAAGUAGACACAGUAGAGAAAUUAAAACACUUCAUGGACUAGUACCCAUAAUUAAUUGAAUAUCACACGCUGAUAUACAUAUCUAAUUGUGUGGGGUUUUUUGAGGUUAUUUAUUGACAUUUAAUUUUGACACCAAGUUCAUACGUUGCACUGAAGCGCAGCACAUGUAUUAUGAGGAAGAAUUCUUUCAGUUUCACUCACAGCUGGGAGAAAACUGGGCUAUACAUUACAGAGCACCACCAAGUGCCUUGCUCAAGGGCACGUUGAUAACGUAGUUUACCGGAGAGAAAGGGACACAUGCACACAGCUAGGGCAGCGUAUUUUUUUAACUUAAACCAUAAUGCUCAAGCUUUCUUCUUGGGGUUUGUAUUCCUCUCCUGUAAAUGAAGCAAGCUGAAAGACUGUGAAAGUAUACUUUAAAUGUAAUUAGCUAAAUCUUUCUACCUAUUAACUGCCAAGUGUUAACAGCCUGUGCCUAUAAUAUUGUAAGUGGCUUGCCGGUUCUGUGCUAUGGUACUAUGUUUAUGCAAUCACAACUUGUGCAUUGAUGCAUUGCUUUUUGCAGUGGACAGUGUAGGUGAACUGUGCAGAGAUAUCGCUUUUAAAAAUCUGCACAAGCACUGCAACGGCAACACGCACGUGCGUGCAUGCAUACAAGAAAAUAAUGCGUAAAACUAUUUCCCUUAAUCAUAUUUUAUUCUUUGCCUCAUUCACCUAGUUUAUCAGCUGCAAACCACAAUAAGCAUCCUGCUAAUUAUGCUCACAAAACCUUUCAAAUCCAAAAUGAUUAUGAAAGUUCGUAUUGACCACCUGCAAACUGGCAUGUAUGUAGCUGCGAGCAUUCUUCCCCAAGAAAAGCUCAGUUAUAUAUUGUUGCUUAAUAAGUUAGAUAUCUUUAUUAGUAUUUACAAUAAAUUUGUCCUGGUUCAUGGAAAUGGGGGAUGUUUGUAAUAUAAUGUGGGUGAAAGAAAACCUUUUGUAAAGUUUUAGGUCCGUCCUAUGAAUUCUAUCACAAACACCCGACGAUACUGCUGUCACCAAGGCUGCAGAAGAGCGUAGUAUAAUAAAAUGUAAAUACACUUGGGUUAAAAGAGCCUGCCCCAUAUGUAGUGUUUUGUGAUGUAGCAUAAUGAAUGUGAAUCUGAACAGCCUCCAUUUGGCAGCCUCCAAAUGAGCUUUUCUCACCAUAACACAAAUGUAUUCUACAGAGCAAAGGAAGCACAUCCAGCAUAGAAAUACAUUGUUAAUACAGAUAAGUGGAUAGAUGAGUCAGAUAAUAUAUGCCUUUUAAUCAGACAAUCUCAUAGCAACGCAAGAACCAUAAAAUGAUUUUUUUGGGGGAAUCUGAUAAAUAUGUGCCACUUCUCUCUAUCUCGCCUUUAUUUGAAAAUAUCUCAGCGUUAUGUCGUUGCAGCCUAGCGCGAAUGAUCUCAGCAAGUCCUUGGUGUUGCAGAAAAGUCUUAAUAUAUUGCUGUAAAAUUACAAGCAUAUACAUUUUGUGUCAUUAGUAGUAGCCACAAUAUAUUGCUGCUCAGUGCAUGUAUUUUUCCCGCAUUCAGCCUUACUGUGGUGUCAGUCGAGAGAGCGCAACGAUCAUUAUAACAUGUACAAUCCUAAGUGUUUUGCAGGCGAAGUCCGUAAUCAGUAGCACUGUAACGUGACCGUUUCGCCCCGAGAAUCUUUCACAGUGUUUACACUCAUCCAAAGACCCCCAGAAGGCUCUCUGUCUAUAUGAAGGAAGAUCAGAUCAUGGGAAAAGCACUGUUUUGAUCCUGUAUCAGUUGUACCAUGGUGAUUUUUAAAAGUGUGCAAACUGAAAUAUGGAAAAAGAAAAAAAAGAAAAAAAAGUCAAAUCUGUGAAAGUGUUUUUUAAAGGUUAUAGUACGACAGAAAUAUUUGGGAGGUGCUUCUUUUCUUCAAGCUGUGCAAAUGUUUACUACAUUUCAAAUGUUAUUUCAAGCUUAUAAAUGUUACAGACACUUUAGAGGAAGCACUUUGUACACGUACAAUAUAUAUCUGAUGUAGACAUAUUUUGUAUCAAGUGAGUGAAAAAAAUAGCGCUAUAAAAUAGUAUUAUAUAUUUUCUAGUCAGCACAGUAAUCAGAAAGUGAGGAACAGUAUCAGUGUUGAUAAGCUUCGGUUUUGUUUAAGGAACGUAUUUUACACAGAUUGCUUUUAACAGAUUGCUAGAAAGAUGUACUGUAAUGGAGUAUUUAAUGUUUGCUAUAAGAUUUAUAGAUAGAUAAAUGCAGAUUUUUAAUGAAGUCAUAUCAAAAAAGAGGCAGAGUGAAUAGGUAUAUUGUAACUCUGUGCUCGGACUUUCCUCCCGCUAUGUGAUUUCAGCAUUUCAUUAUUUGAAAGUGCAUUUUUUGAUGGGGGUAAAAUAUUUUAUAAUGAUGCAUUUUAGCCCCGAGCCUGUCAGUCCAAGUGUGGCUUUUGUCGUUCUACGGUGUCUGGAAGUAGUUUUGCUGGAAUCUGCGUUGGCUGUUGCUCGUUAUCAAGCAAAGAGCACCGAGCCACACAUUUUUCAGCUUGUUGAGGAAAUAGUUUAAUUCUUGACUUGAGUACAGCGGUAUACAGUCUGGUUUUUAAUGACCUUCAGUGGCUCCACUCUCUUUCCUUCCAUGUGCUAUUUAUUUGUCUGCCCCACCACCUUAGCCAAAUUAACUGUGAAUGGUGCAGCAUGAGUAAUAUUUUCGAUGCCGUGUUGUCAUCUUGAUUAAUAAAGCUGGAAAUGCUCUGCAUGCCAAACUCAGACCCAUCACCACUGUGGUCUCAAGUAUGAUGUUUCGGUUUGCAUUGGCUUGUUUUCUUCAUAUUUUGACACAAACCCCUCACACCCACCCCCUCCGUCCUUGGAGCCGCUGUCCUUGUCUGUUGGCUGCUGUUUUACUCGGGGCUAAGAACUUGUUGAUGAUGUUUAUUUGAUAUUGUUCUCUUGCCAAUUGAGCCUUUCUGGUGUUGUAUAUGUGAUCAAUAAGCUCUCGACAAGUUACAAAAUAAAUAUACAGCAUCUUGGUCAUUAUUUUUGUCAUGUUGUCUUCAAGAAUGAAAAAAUAAAAACGUUUUUAAAGGCAAA